GGUAUAACUAUAGACAAAGUUGUACUCGAUUUCUCUAUCGGCAGGAAGGAUCUGGCGCUUUUCUACAUCGCCGCAUCGCGUGUAAAGAGGUUAGAGGAUGUAUUGUUUAAGAGAGCCUUCGACUUUAAUCGGCUAACCGGUACUAGCGGCGAAGGAGCCGUUAUACGCGCGGCGGAUUACUCUCUUCGCCAGGCCCAAGUCCUCGCGCGAUUGCGUUAG